GGGGUGGAUGAAGUGAAACAAGUACUGAUGCAAACACAUGAACUGUUGCUUGGGGCACGAAUCUGAUCAGGUGCAUCUACACGGCCCCGGGGCUCGGCUCUCGCUCCUUAAAACCCUCCCAGAGAGACACGGUGCUGCUCACUCCUUACCUGGCCGCGGCACAGAACAGGUAGCUCUCCCCGCUCCUCCCCGCGCUCCUCAGCUGUUUCCCGUACUAAAAAGUGACAGUUGAUCUUCUGGAGGAAGAAAAGAAAAAAAAACGUCAGUUUCUGAUUUAACUGAUUUUUCAGCAGCCGUUUGAAAAACCUGAAAUACUGGAAUUGUUUCAAAGGCCGGUACAAGGAAGCAGCUUCUGCUCGCAAGCGCCAGGCGGGUUCAUCACCCGAGAGGGGAAAAAAAUGUCUGUGAAAGAACGAAAGCCCAAAAAGCCUCAUUACAUUCCCCGGCCCCCGGGGAAGCCUUUUAAAUACAAGUGUUUCCAGUGCCCCUUCACCUGCAAUGAGAAAUCUCACCUCUUUAACCACAUGAAGUACGGGCUCUGUAAGAACUCCAUCACGCUGGUCACGGAGCAAGACCGAGGGGUCAAGAGCCCAAAGUCCAACUCGCUGGAACCAAAGCAGGCCAACGCGGAGGUCUUCGUGAAGCCCACGGCAGCCGUCGUGAACGGGCAGAAUGCUCUGGACUCCAAAGCCCAACGCGACGUGACAAGAGAGGAGGCGAAAGAAAACGUAGACUUAAAAAACGAGGCGAAAGCUCACGUCGAGAAGACGGCCAGCCUAAAAGAGGCAAACCUGCCGCCGUCAGCGGGUCACUCCUUGGUUAACCGGCCGCCUUCGCUGGACGGUAUUGCACGGCCUUCAGCUUUCAUGCCCGUUGGGGAUCACAGGAUUAAGAAGAGCUCGGAGGGCGUUCGCAUGCCCGAAAUUACAGCGUCUGGUGAACACCACAAAGCAGGACAGAGUGUGAGGCUAGCCUUCCAAGACCUCCCAACCCCAUGGAAAACAGGACUGGUCCCAUCUGAAAUGAGCCAUAAGACACCGAUUCCUCGGUACGUGAUACCAGAAUACGCUCCUCGGUUUUACCCAGAACAUGCCGUGUCUACCGUGUACGCUCCUUACCUCUUUCAUGGAAAUCCCCCCGAGUGCGACAAUCCGAUGCUCUCUGUCUAUCCCGCUCCCGAGCAAAGACCCUUCCUUAGCCAUCCUCUGCAAACCUCAGGACUAUCCCUUCCCAAACCCAUCAACCCAUCGUACGAGUAUUAUAGACUCCUACAGCAGUUCCACCAAAACCCACAGAUGUCGUGUGGGUUCUACAGGCCAAGUGAAAACCCGUUCUUGCCAUACGGGCUGAAAGUUCCCCCCGCGCCUGGCCUUUCCAAAGACCCCGGCUCUCAGACCAUGGAGAACGCGCACUUUAUCUACCAGUCUUCAAGUCCACCCAGGCUGUACCCAGUGGACUUCUUCCCAAAGCGUAGCGAAUGUCAAAGGGAUUCCCUGCAAGUCAAAGACGACUCUAAGAGCGAACCAGAAAUACUGAAAAUGAGUCCCCGGGCAGGAACCGCCGCAACGGGAUCUCCAGGCAGGCCGAGUCCAACAAGCUUCACCCAGAACAGCCAAGGCUACGAAGGAAUCUUUGACCUCUCAUUGAAGUCCAGCUCGGCGUUGGAUAACGAGGAGAAGUCAGGACAAACAUCUACAGCCUUCAAGCCGGUCCGGAAAAGCAAAGACCUGCAGAUGGCGCCAAGCAGAGGAGACUCUCCAUGCUCUGAAAAUGAAGACACCCAAUCCCACCCAGAAAGAUUCACCGCUGGCUCCGACGGCAUGUCAUUAAUCCACGAGGAAGACGCUGCACCCCUGAACCUUUCAAAGAAGCAAGAGGUGGAGGACAGAACAGGCUACGGCUACGUCCGCACCGACGCAUCAGAAGGAGAACACGGGGGACCCGAGGAGACCCAAGACAUGCCCCUCAAUCUGUCUGUAAAAGACACUCGCAACAGCCCCUCGCUUCGCACCGAGAGCCCCGUGUCACAGAGAGGCUCGUCCCCGAGCCACCAGAUCCAAGUUAGCCCAGAGAGAGACAUCCAAACGCAAACUUUGGGGGCCCUCGGAAACUGCGACGAGCAAAAGCAGUUCGCUGCUGUGGCCCUUUGCCAACUGGCCACGUACAGCCACGGUGCAGCGGUCAGAACAAGAGAAGAUGGCUCUGAAGAUCCAGCCCCGGAAACUCAACCCGCUGCCAGCGACGUGCCAGAGGUCCAAGAGGCGGACAGUCAAGCUAAGCAGAGAGGACAGAAGCGGGCACAUCCCAGGGACCCUCCGAAACCCCAAACAUCCAACAAAAAAGCCAAAGCCGCCGACUCCAGCCGAGUGUGCUCCCUGAGGAGGAGACCACGGGUGUCGUAACUCGCGGAGCUGCCUGCGGACUCGAGAACCGGACCGACCUUGUACUUAACGGACCCUCAAACCUCCUUAUAGUAUUAGCCGCAAGCAGCAAACUUUGAUCUUAAGCUAAAGGGCUGUUUAUGCGCAACUUUUUACCGGAAUGAAGUGUUUAAGCACUAAAAAAACAAAAAAAAGGUUAUUUGAAGUUAUAUUUUUACCUGUAGGAUACAGGUUGCA